ACAAAAAAAAAAAAAAACAAAAUGAAAAUUGAACUCUCUAUUUUACUUAUUGUGGGUGCUGCCUCCAUGGUCUUGGCUCGACCACAAGAUCCAAUUGCCAUCGUUAGUCAAGAAUCAAAUAUUGAACCAGAUGGUUCAUACAAUUAUGCAUAUGAAACAGCAAAUGGCAUCAAGGGCGAAGAAACCGGCACCCUAAAGAAGGCCACAUCACCAGACACUAGCGAUGUUAUCAUUGCCAAGGGUUCCGUUUCGUAUACCUCACCCGAAGGUAAUCUAAUCACUUUGAACUAUGCUGCCGACGAUGAGAAUGGUUUCCAACCACAAGGUGAUCAUUUGCCCACUCCUCCACCAAUCCCACCAGCAAUCCAAAAGGCUUUGGACUACUUGUUGAGCUUGCCUCCUUCCAAACGUCGUUAAGCCUCAAGCAAGAAAGAUCACAUUUGACCAAGAAACAAUACUUAUGAAAUUAAAUGAAAGCCAAUAUCAUCGCAUUAAAUAUCAACAAAAGAGAGCAUUUUUUUCUAAGUAAUCUAAAAAAAAACGAGAAUUAAUUGAAAGCAAAGAAGGAAUGAUGUUUGAAAAUAAAUACUCUACAAAAAAAAAUAAGAAAGUAACCAGGCAAGAGAGAAGAAAAACACAUACACCAAUGCAACUUUAAGUUUUCCCCUACUCUUGCACUUACACAAAUUACACUACGAAUAUUCCAUUUACAACACUCCAAUUCUUAUCUAUGCAUCACGCAAACAAAGUGAGUUUUGACAUACCAAAAGAUCUAAAAAAAUAUUUAAUGAGGAGAAGAAAACAUAAAAUGAAACACUGACUGAAUGAGCCAUAAAAAAACCAAACGAAU